CCAGAAGCAAUUCAGUGAUUGGCCAAUUAGGGAAGCCACCUGCUGCUCUUCAAGGACAAAGCAAGCAGAGAAAGUAAGAGGGGGGUAUUGGGCACGCGCAGUUCCAAGCCUCGCUCAAUUUCCCAAGAAGCUGCCCACAACUGAGUGAGUAGACAGGACCAGCCACAGCAGGAAUGGCCCACGUAGGCAUGGAUACAGCGUCUGGUGUAAGCUGCACAACCCACUAUCUCUAACAGGAACCCUCCUAGGUCCAUUACACCAUGUCUGCUUUCUAAACCAAGCUCGUGACCUAACCUCUGAGACAAGCAGAGAAUUCUGCUCACCGUCUGAGCUAAGUUAAAGCAUUUUGAUUGGAUGUAAGUGAAUACCAUCCGAGUACUAGACCAGUGACACCUACAAGGACUUGGAAGGACACAACGGCUCACAGUUCCUUGAGCUCCUGGAAGGCAGGCCCUGCCAAGGAAUUUCUCCAUUUCAUUUCCUCUCAGAGCAAUGGACUCCACAGCCCUAAAAAUCUUGCAGGACAAAUGUAUCUGUCACAUUUGUUCAGAUUUCCUGGAAGACCCAGUGACCAGUAGGUGUGGGCACAACUUCUGUUUUGCCUGCCUCAGUUUGCUCUGGGAUGAUCUACAAGGCAACAUCUUCUGUCCUGUCUGUCAAACUCCCUUUCCACCGAAAAGCUUCAGCAGGAACUACCAGUUCCGUAACAUGACUGAAAUCAUUAGGCUCCUGCAGAAGACACAGAGCAAGAGGAAGAGACAGGAAGAACACACAGUGUGUCCGAAGCAUGAUCAGCCUCUGGUCUUGUUCUGUGUGAGGGAUCGGGAUGUCUUAUGUACCCAGUGUAGCCUCUCUGUCGAACACCAGGGCCAUUACACCUGCCCCAUUAAGAAAGCCAGCUCUUAUCACAGGAAAGUCCUAGAGAGUGCAAUUGCAACUUUAAAGUUCGGAGUGAAACAAGUUGAAGAAAAUCUAGCUGUGCAGCACAGAAGAGUUCUUGGACUGAGGGAGGAGGCUGAAUAUCAAAAAAUAGAGAUACGUUAUGAAUUUGGGCAAAUCAAACUGUUCCUACAAAGUGAGCAUGAGGCGCAUCUAAAUGACAUAUCCAUGGAGGAGCUGCGGAGUUUCUCAGAACUGAGUGGAUAUCUUGAGACCCUGUUAGACCAUGUUUCCACAGCAAAAGAUCUGUUGAAGGAAGUGGAGGCCAUACAUGAAAGGUCAGAUGUCACACUCCUGAGAGCCUACCAAAGGUUGCAAAACUUUAAAUCCCCCAAACCGUGGUCAUUUAGGACAAAGCAAUAUGGCCUCAGUCUCCCACCGCAGUAUUCUGGCUUGAGCAGAAUCAUCAAGCAGUUUCAAGCAGAUGUGACUUUUGACCUUGACACAGCACACCCUCAGCUGGUUAUUUCUGAGGAUAGAAAAUCUGUGUUUUAUAAAGAAGCAUGGUCACGUGUGCAUGCUAGCCCUCAGAAAUUUCACCUCUGGCCAGCUCUCCUGGGAUGUAAAGGAUUCGACUCUGGUCGACAGUACUGGGAAGUCAAAGUGGGAGACAAGCCCAGAUGGACACUGGGUGUGUGUGAAGUCCACUUUUCUGGGGACUGGAGCAGUCAGUCCUCGGGUUACUGGGCAAUUGGACGGUAUGCUGAGAAUAGUUACGUCACCUAUGGACCUAUAAGAACGGAGUUUCUGCCAGUGGUGCGACCCAGCAAGGUCGGCAUAUUUUUGGAUUAUGAAUUGGGUGAGCUCUCCUUCUAUAAUAUGAAUGACAGGUCUCUUCUCUACACUUUCAGGAAUUCUUUUACCAGCACCCUUUGGCCCUAUUUCUAUACAGGAACAGAUUCUGAAUCUCUUGAAAUCUUAACCCACCCCACCCCAGACACAGGGUCUUACUAAGUUCUAGGCUAAUUUAGCCAGCACAUUUAAACUAGUAAUUAAGCAAGCAAACAAACUACAAAAUCCACCACCCACAAGACCCCCAAGUCUUCUAAAUUUAACCACUGAAAACCAGACUGUGUUUUUAACUAUUAUUCCCAGUAACUCUAAGAACAUGAUGGCUGCCACAAGUGUGACACAUGCCUGCCCCAUCCUAGCACCCCCAGAGAUUUAGGUACCAAGAGUAAGGCAGUCUAGCCAAUGUGACCCUGGGAUGGCAGCUGAGGUUGUCCUCAGCCUCUGCCUGCACACACACUUCCCCUCAUGCCAUACACAAUAAAAAAUGCAUAUCAGAAAACAGAAUAUUGGGGAAGAGGCACUGAAUUGGCAGUAGUUUAAGGGAGAGCUGCUGCUGCCCUAUUUAGGAGACAAACUGAAGAUGAACCGGCUUGACCUGUGUGAGUGGACAUUUCAUUCAUUGAAGUAACCACUGUAUGUUAAGAUAGGAGACCUCAUGCACUGUGUGAAGGGUUAGUGACUGAGAAGAUGGGUUAGAACAGUCAAUAGGAGCUAGGGUGUAGUCACAGGUAGAAGGUAUGACUGCCUAUGUCCAGGGUCCAAUCCUCAGUACUGGGUUGGGAAAUCGAACACAAGGUUGCAUUUUGUUGGGCUAGGUGGCAUCCCAGCCCUCAGGACACUAUGUCUAACAACAGACCCUACCUCACACAGGAAGAAAGUGAGGACCAAUCCUCAAGGCUGUCCUCUACCCUGAGCAUGUACCCUAUAGCUUGUCAUGUCCAUCCUCACGCACAUGAACACACACACAUCAUAUAAGCACACCAACAAUUUAAAAAUGAGAAAAGUGGGGUCUCCAGUCAUCUACUUCAGAUGGUCCUAUCUUGAAAAAAAAAAAGCAAAAACAUCAGACAACUAACUCAUUUCAUAACUUCUGUGAGGCUGACAGGCCCUUGUCUGGUCUGUACAGUUCAACUAGAGCAGCUAGCUAAUGAGUCCCAGGUAUUCCGGCUCCCGCUUCCCAGCAUUGAGAAGACAGAUGCAUGCUAUAAUACUUGGGAUUUUUAUGUGUGUUUUGGGAUUGAGUUCUGGUUCGUAUGUUUCAAGGCAAGCUCUUUUAUAACUGGGCCAGCUCUUAAACAUCUGAUCCCUUAGCCCAUGCAGUGGUGUCGGCCUUAAUCCCAGUGCUUCCAAAGCUGAGGUAGAGAGGGAUUGUGGGUUACAGAGCAGUCUGGGCUCUAUAGCAACAUCCUAUAAAAUACAAUACAUAAAGUAAAAGCCUGUGUUCCCAGCACUCAUGGAGGUAGAUCCAAUGUUUAAGACUCUUCUCAGACACACAGACAGUUCCAGGCCAGCCAAGGCUACGAGAGACCCAGGCUCAACAAACCAAACGGAACAAACGAAUAAACAACAAAGCUCACUUGUAGUUGUUGGGAUGAAUAUUUUGAUUCUGUAGUUGGUGACUGAAGUAUGGCAGAAAGGGCUUUCCAUGGUAAAUUAGCUGUACUCACAUGAAUCCUUCAUGUUUCUGUAUAUAUGUAAGACCUUGGUGGGAGAAGCAAACUUAUUAAAAAGGAUCAACAUGCUGGGUGUGGUGGCACACACCUUCAAUCCCAGUACCAGGGAGGCAGAGGCAGGUGAAUCUCUGUGUCAAAGGCCAGCCUGGUCUACAGAGAACUUUCCAGGCUUGCCAGAAACACAGUGAGACCCUGUCUCAAAAACUAA